AGACAGAACGACAUACAGGACGACAUACAGGAGGACAGACAGGAGCAGAGACAGGAGGACAGAGCGAUGAAUGUGGAGGACAGCUGAACUCUAUCAACAUGGACAGCAGAGGGAGGAGAGGAACUAACGGAUCGUUCAAACGUUCGUCCAUCAAACGCAGCGCGUCAUCUGGAUCACAGAAGACUCAGAGAGUGUGGAUCGAGAGAACUUUCCAGAAGAGAGAAUGUAUCCAGAUUAUUCCCGGCAAAGACACCAGCAGGUGUGGUUGUGGUCAGUUGGUGGCGCAGCACACCUUGGUCCCUCCAGGGGCCAAAGAGGAGGGGGCCCCUGUGGUUCAGGUGGAGGUCCAGCCUGCAGAGAGGUGGAGUCCUCUGAAACACACCCAGACCUCAUCCACCGACGCCUACGGAGUCAUCGAGUUCCAGGGAGGAGGACACGUCAACAAGGCCAUGUACAUCCGGGUCUCGUAUGACUCCAAACCGGACCACCUGCUCCACCUGAUGGUGAAGGAGUGGCAGUUGGAGCUCCCCACGCUGCUGAUCUCGGUGCACGGAGGACUUCAGAACUUCGACCUGCCGCCAAAACUGAAGCAGGUUUUUGGAAAAGGACUGAUCAAAGCAGCGGUGACCACGGGAGCCUGGAUCUUCACCGGAGGAGUCAGCACUGGAGUGAUACGUCAUGUCGGAGAUGCUCUCAAAGAUCAUUCGUCAAAGUCCAGAGGGAAAGUCUGCGCAAUUGGCAUCGCACCAUGGGGCAUCGUGGAGAACAAAGAGGACCUCAUUGGGAGAGACGUGAGUCACCCCUAUCAGACCAUGUCUAACCCUCUCAGCAAGCUGUCCGUCCUGAACAGCAGCCACUCUCACUUCAUACUGUCUGAUAACGGGACCAGCGGGAAGUACGGCGCCGAGGUGCGGCUCCGCCGUCAGCUGGAGAAACACAUUGCCCUGCAGAAGAUCAACACACGUUUGGGUCAGGGCGUCCCAGUGGUGUGUCUGAUCCUGGAGGGCGGGCCUAAUGUCAUCUCCAUCGUGUUGGAGAGUCUCAGGGAGGAGCCCCCGGUCCCUGUUGUUGUCUGUGAUGGCAGCGGUCGUGCCUCUGACAUCAUUUCCUUUGCACACAGAUACUGUGGCGAAGACGGGUUGCUGACUGACAGCGUCAAAGAUCAGCUGAUGGUCACCAUCCAGAAAACCUUCAACUACAGCCGUAGCCAGGCGCAGCAGAUCUUCAUCAUGGUGAUGGAGUGCAUGAAGAAGAGAGCGCUGAUCACAGUGUUCAGGAUGGGCUCAGAGGGACAGCAGGACAUUGAGAUGUCCAUCCUAACGGCACUGCUCAAAGGGACAAAUGCGUCGGCGUCUGAUCAACUGAGUUUGGCGUUGGCGUGGAACAGAGUGGACAUCGCUCACAGUCAGAUCUUAGUCUAUGGACUCCACUGGCCUCCUGUCAGCUCGUUGUCCUCCGACCGCCCCAAAAGUCCACCAGCCCAGCGAGCAGCAGGAGGAGGAGCAGGAGGAACAGGAGGAGCAGGAGGAAAAGGGAAGGCUCGAGGCAAGAAAGGAAAAGCAGGCAAAACCAAACCUGAACCACCCGAAGAGACCGACCCCCGAAAACUGGAGCUGCUCAACUGGGUGAACUCUCUGGAGCAGGCCAUGAUGGACGCUCUGGUGUUGGACAGAGUGGAUUUUGUCAAACUGCUGAUCGAGAACGGCGUCAACAUCCAUCACUUCCUGACCAUCCCCCGCCUGGAGGAGCUCUACAACACGAAGUUGGGGCCGACCAACACGCUGCAUUUUGUGGUCAGAGACGUCAAAAAGGGGAACCUUCCUCCAGACUAUCAGAUCACACUCAUCGAUAUCGGCCUGGUGCUGGAGUUGCUGAUGGGCGGAGCUUAUCGCUGCAACUACACCAGGAAGAGCUUCAGGACGCUGUACAACAACCUGUACGGCCUCAAACGACCAAAGGCUCUGAAACUUCUGGGAAUGGAGGAUGACGAGCCCCGCCCAAAGGGCAAAGGAAAGAAAAACAAGAAGAAGGAGGAGGAAGUGGACAUCGACGUGGACGACCCCGAGGUCAGCAGGUUUCAGUACCCAUUCCAUGAGCUGAUGGUGUGGGCAGUGCUGAUGAAGCGUCAGAAGAUGGCGCUCUUCCUGUGGCAGCGGGGGGAGGAGGCCAUGGCCAAGGCGCUGGUGGCCUGUAAACUCUACAAGGCCAUGGCCCACGAGUCGUCCCAGAGCGAGCUGGUGGAUGACAUCUACCAGGACCUGGAGAACAACUCCAAGGAGUUCGGUCAGCUGGCCUACGAGUUGUUGGACCAGUCGUACAAACAUGACGAGCAGGUGGCGAUGAAGUUGCUGACGUAUGAGCUGAAGAACUGGAGUAACUCCACCUGUCUGAAACUCGCAGUCGCCGCCAAACACCGAGACUUCAUCGCCCACACCUGCAGCCAGAUGUUGCUCACCGACAUGUGGAUGGGCUGUCUGAGGAUGGGCAAGAGCAACAGCCUCAAGGUGAUUUUAGGGAUCGUGUUCCCUCCUGCCAUCCUCCUCAUGGACUUCCGUCUUGGAGAUGAAGCUUCAUUUCAUUUGUCCAAAGAGACAGAGGAGAGAAUCAAGGAUGACGACAACAAAUCCAGCAAGGAUGCUGUCUCCAAUGUGGACGCCAUGUCAAAAAAAGGAGAUGAAGAAGAAGAGCAGAAGAAACACAGGAGAAAGACUCCGGUCAUGAGGAAAAUCUACGAGUUCUACAACGCUCCUUUCACCAAGUUCUGGUUCAACACGAUCUCGUACCUGGUGUACCUGAUGUUGUAUAAUUACAUCAUUCUGGUGAAGAUGGAGCGCUGGCCGACUCUCCAGGAGUGGAUCGUCAUCUCUUACAUCAUCACUCUGGGCCUGGAGAAGGUCCGACAGAUCCUGAUGUCAGAGCCGGGGAAGCUGAAGCAGAAGAUCAAUGUGUGGUUGGAGGACUACUGGAACAUCACAGACCUGGUCGCCAUCUCCGUCUUCCUGUUCGGUCUCCUGCUGCGUCUGCAGAGCGAACCGUCCAUGGGCUACGGCCGCGUCAUCUACUGCGUCGACAUCAUCUUCUGGUACAUCCGCGUCCUCGACAUCUUCGGGGUCAACAAGUACCUGGGGCCCUACGUCAUGAUGAUUGGGAAGAUGAUGAUCGACAUGCUGUACUUCGUGGUCAUCAUGCUGGUGGUGCUGAUGAGUUUCGGCGUAGCUCGGCAGGCCAUCCUCCACCCGGACGAGGAGCCGACGUGGCGUCUGGCUCGAAACAUCUUCUACAUGCCGUACUGGAUGAUCUACGGAGAGGUGUUUGCAGACUCCAUAGACCUUUAUGCGAUGGAAAUAAAUCCUCCAUGUGGAGACAACAUGUAUGAUGAAGAUGGGAAGAAGCUUCCUCCCUGUAUCCCCGGAGCCUGGCUCACUCCGGCCAUCAUGGCAUGUUACCUGCUGGUCGCCAACAUCCUGCUGGUCAACCUGCUCAUCGCCGUCUUCAACAACACCUUCUUUGAGGUGAAGUCCAUCUCCAACCAGGUGUGGAAGUUCCAGCGGUAUCAGUUGAUCAUGACCUUCCACGACCGUCCCAUCCUGCCCCCCCCCCUCAUCAUCUUCCCCCACAUUUACAUCGUCCUGAGAAGGCUGUGCUGCCGCUGCAGACGGAGGACGGAAGGAGACCACGACGAACGGGAGAGACGACUCCAGCUGGUGCUGAGUCCUGAGGAGCUUAAGAGUCUGUAUGAGUUUGAGGAGCAGUGUGUGGAGGAAUAUUUCAGAGAGAAAGACGAUGAGAAACAGUCGUCCAACAACGAGAGGAUCAGAGUCACAUCCGAGAGGGUGGAGAACAUGUUCAUGCGUCUGGAGGAGGUGAAUGAGAGGGAGCACUCCAUGAAGGCGUCCCUGCAGACAGUGGACCUCCGCCUGGCUCAGAUGGAGGAGUUGUCUGGUCGCAUGAUGAACGCUUUGGAGAAGCUGGCGGGCGUUGACCGGGCCGAGCUCGUCCGUUCUCACUCCAGAGGAUCGUCGGUCUGUGAGCCGGCUGCCCUGUUGCGACACAGUAGUGUCAACAGCGCCGAUGGUUACAGUCUGUACCGUUACCAGCUGGAGCAUGAGGACAGGAUCUCUGUGUCCGGAGACAUGGAGGGAAACGACGGGAGGGUCCAGCAGAGUCCAGAGAGACGAGGAGGAAACACCAAGGGAGGAAACACAACAGGUGAGGUGAAGGAGUUCGGGUCGACCCUGGAGGUGAGAGGAAUGAGAGAGAGGACUCAGUCUCUGUCCAACGUCGACAUCCUGAUCUCCCCCUGCGACACCGACCGUGGACCCGCCCACACCCGUGCUGCUUCACCUCAGGCUGACGCCACUGACGCUGACAUGGAGAAACCAGCAGAGAAAACCCGACUGGAGGCGGCUCAGUCCUUCCCUCUGGACAGGUCAAAGGUCACUCAGUAUUUACCCUCUCCGACCCUCAGCAACUCCCCCUCUCCCAACAGGAAGUCCAUCAGCAGCAUCAUCUACAGCCCCGCCCAUCACCACCAGGAGGGGCCGACCAGUGCGACCCAGCAGGCGUCCAGAUCUUCCACAGUGACGCUGGAGAAGGGUGGAGGUGAAGAAACCAAACAGGAAGUAGAGGAAAGAGUAUCUGUGCUGUCUCAUGGGGAACUGGAGGGUGAGACAACAGACAGUAACCAUGGUAACAGAGACGAGGAGGAGCUGCUGUUGGGGGAGGAAAGGAUGUAUCCGACACUACGCUCCAAGAGUCUGAACACCAACCCGAGGAAGACGAGGAUGAAGAAGAAGGACGGCGAUGAGAUGCCUCGCUCAGCCGGCAGCGUCAAAGAUCUGGUGUCAGCGUUCAGCGGGACGGGGGGACGGACACGAUCCAGGACCAGGUCCAGAGACUCCGACUGUUGAUCCUGAAGGACUGAGGUGACUCUGCACCGUCCAAUCAGCUCAGCUCACAGCUCAGGACACAAACUACAAAGAGACGGCAAAUGACCACAAAGAGACAAACGAAGACAUCAAAGUGGUGACAUAGUUUAUUACUGCAGAGCAGCAAGGAGUCUGCAUGUUUUAUUCUGUAUGUGACAUCCUAUGUUUACUGUUUGAUGUUCACUCUGGUUUUAUGAACAACAUCAGAGACUCACAGUCUGCAGGAUGGUGUUGAUCUGGUUCAGACUCUUUGUUGAGAACUUUGAAGAACGUCUUGUAAAAUACAUGAAGCAGAAACGUGACAUCACUGUCACAUCCAGCAGAAUGAAAGCUACUGUUGGAGAACAGCUGAUGAAAAUGUUAAAUCAUAUUUGUGUGUGUCAGGAUUCUGCCUGUUUGACCUGAUGACUUAUUUCCAUUUUAUUAUUUGGUUUCUGUUUUUUAAUUUUCACGUUUCAAUGUUGUGUGUUGUGUGUUUUUAGCGUUAUCAGCAGUAACCAAUCAGCUGCCUGAUCUGAGAGUCACUUCACAGAUCUCAGUCAUUCAGUAAAACUCUGAUGUGUAUUAAAGGGAAUAAAAUCUACCUCUGCAAACAAUCAUGUCUUCUAAAGAUUAAAGACUAACUCAUCA